AUGGUGAAACAAAAGAAAGCGACCAAGAAGUUUGAGAGAAACCGGCUAAAGGAGACCAUCGACCGAAGAAAGGACUUCGCAAAAAUCAAACAGCGACAUCAGGUCAAGGCGAAAAAGAAACAGCGGGCAGAAAAGCGAUCGAAGGGCGACGACGACGCUGCAGGCUCCGAUGGCGAUUCAUCAUCACCAGACCAAGGUGUUGAUAUGAAUGAAGACGAAUUCUUCCAGGAAGCCCUAGACAUUCCGGGAGAGGAAACAAACCCUUCCAAGCGCGGCGCAGGAAAGCGCAAGAGAGAGGGAGACAGACAAGAAGAUGGAGUGUCCGACAAUUCAGAAGGCGAUGGCUCCGAUGAUGACCCUGCCGAGCACAAAGGUCAACUGGCUGCAUUGGCGGAGAAAGACCCGGAAUUUUACAAAUACCUUCAAGAGAAUGACGCCGAAUUGCUGGACUUCGACGAGGACGAUGAUCUUGCGGAAGUGGAUGAACUCAGUGACGGAGAGCCUCCAGCUAAGAAACAGAAGACGAAAGGAGGCGCCGAAGAACCUGCCGCCCCCGACGAUGUGACACUCGCCAUGGUCAAGAAGUGGAAGUCCUCUUUGGUCGAAGGGUUCUCCAUCAGAGCACUACGACAAGUCGUUCUGGCAUUCCGUGCUGCUGCCCACGCCGAUGACGAGGAGGAUAAGGCUUUCAAAUACAACAUCCCCAGUGCCGAGGUUUACCACGAGGUUCUGGUGACGGCGCUGAAGCAGGUUCCCGAGGCACUCGCUCACCAUCUCCCCGUCAAGGAGACUGCUGGGGGUAAAGUGCGGGUGCCGACCGAUUCGCCCAAGUUCAAGACUCUGGCACCCUUGAUCAAAUCACAUGCUUCUUCCCUUCACCAUCUGCUCGGCCAUCUGUCCGACACCAAGACAUUGAGACUGGCACUCCAGUCGUUCGAGCCAUUACUGCCUUAUCUGCUACAAUUCCGCAAGUUCCUCAAGGUUAUCACAAGAGCUGUGGCGUCAAUCUGGUCCGAUAACUCUUCGGAUGAGGCAACCAGAAUCACAGCUUUUCUGAUCAUUCGCCGGCUCAUGGUGAUUGGAGAUGCUGGAAUCCGAGAAGCUGUCCUGAAGUCUACUUACGAAGGUGUGGUCAAAGGCAGCCGGAAUACUACUAUCCACACUCUUGCCGGAAUAAAUCUCAUGAAGAACUCAGCUGCAGAGAUCUGGGGUAUAGAUCAGAAAGUCGGCUACACCACUGGCUUCACUUUCAUCCGUCAGCUUGCCAUUCAUCUUCGGACCAACAUCACCAAGCCCACGAAAGACUCCUACAAGACCAUCUACAACUGGCAAUUUGUGCAUUCUCUCGACUUCUGGUCACGAGUGUUGUCGUUGCACUGCAACUCCCUCCUCGAGGCUCAGAAUGGCAAACAGUCACAACUGCGACCAUUGAUCUACCCUGUUGUCCAAGUGACCCUCGGAGUCAUGAGGCUGAUCCCGACUUCGACCUACUUUCCUCUUCGCUUCCACCUGAUGAGAUCACUGUUACGGAUUUCUCAGGCAACCGAGACGUACAUCCCGCUUUCUGCAGCGCUUCUGGAGGUGCUCAAUUCUGCAGAGAUGAAGAAGUCGGCCAAAGCUGCAACGCUGCGCCCUCUCGACUUCGACUCCAAUAUCCGAGCUCCAACAUCGUACCUGAAGACGAAGGUCUAUCAAGAAGGCGUCGGUGAGCAGGUCGUGGAACUGUUUUCGGAAUUCUUUGUCCUCUGGACCAAGAGCAUUGCAUACCCUGAGCUGCAACUGCCUACGAUAGUCAUGCUGAAACGGUGGCUGAAGGCAGCUUCAAAGUCGACUGGCAACAGAAAUGCAAAGCUGAACCAAGCUCUUCUCUUGCUAGUGCAAAAGUCCGAGGCUAAUGCUAGGUGGAUCGAGGAGAGGAGGAACAAGAUCAAUUUCUCCCCGAAAGACCGUGCAGAGGUAGAAGGCUUCCUCAAGGAUGUCCAAUGGCAAGACACCCCUCUCGGUGCAUUUGUCGUGAACCAGAGAAAGUCACGGGAGGAGAGGAAAAAGGUGUUGGAACAGGGACGGAAAGAACAAGAGCGUCGGAACAAAGUCGAAAGACAUGACGACGAAAUUGAAACAAUAUGA